AUGCGCAAGCGGAGACAGCAGACAGCAGCGGAACAGGAAGGGGUUGUGGACGUAGAUAUUAGGAUUGGAGGCCUGAAACCUUUCAAGGCAUUAGGUGGCCUGGUGCUGUACGCGCCGAGCCCGGCGGAUGCACAGGCGGAGGCGCACUCGAACGAGGCCGGCCAGGUGUACUUCGGUCGCGGCGCUGUGGCGCUUCAGCAGGGCGAUGUUGUCCUGGAUCUAGGUGCAAACGUUGGCGCCUUUGCGCGCAUGGCGGCGCCCGUGAUUGGGCCAGAGGGGGUUGUAUAUGCGGUAGAGCCCAUAGAGGGCGUCUUCAGGGCACUGCGGCUCAACAACACACGCUUCAAAGAGUGGGCCAACGCGCACCAGGUGGCGGCGGGCAGCGUGGUGCCCGUUCACGCAGGCGUGGGCGCCCUUGGCGGCCCCUCUGUGCGCGAGUUCACCUACUACCCUAAAAUCACUGCCUUCAGCAGCAUGUACAGGGAUGACUACGAUGCGGCCCAGGCCACCCUCAGCCUGGUGGUCAACAGGCGGGAGAGCUUCUCACCCAUUGAGGACGCCGGGAAGGCCCUCGCGCGCUGCAUGCCAUCCCUUUACCGGCUAAUCCACAAGGCUGCCUUUGUGAACCUGCUGCUGCGGCCGGCGGUGCCUGUGGCCUGCCCCAUGACCACAGUCUCCGGCCUCAUAGAAGAUUUUGGCAUCAAGGAGGUUGGUCUGCUGAAGGCCAAUGUGGAGCGCGCCGAGUGGGACGUGCUGAUGGGAGUGAGGGAGGAGCACUGGCCGCGCAUACGCCAGGUGUCGCUGCAGGUUCACGACAUUGACGGUCGCGUGGCAGCUGUCGAGAAGCUGCUGCUGUCGAAGGGGUUUGACCGGGUGGCGGUCUACAAGGAGCCGCGAUUCAAGGACUGCAAUCUCUUUAUGGUUUACGGCAGCAGGGGAGCAGCGCAGCAGCAGAAGCAGCAGCUGCAGGUCAGGUAG